AUGAUUGGACCUGUUCUCAGUGCCUCUGCUCGUUCGCACCAGUGGAGGGUUGCCUUGGCCUUGCUGGGCAUUCCGAUGAAGUCCCCUCCGGGCGAAAUCGCGUUCAACUCUGUUGCGAAUGCCUGCGAAAAAUCGGGAGAGUGGCAGCAAACCAUAGCCGUGGUGGCAACCAUGUCUGACAUUCGUUUGGCGACAGAUUCGUUCUCUUAUUGCACCAUGAUGAGUGCAUUAUGUAAAGGCCAGAAGUGGAAGGAGGUAUUGCUUGUGUACAAGCAGUUGGAGGAAAAAGGGAUUGAGAAGAACACAAUUUUAUGUGGCGCCGCCAUCAACGCUUGUGCCAAAGGCCACCUGUGGAACAUGGCCUCAAAGCUUUUGGCUUCCAUGGCAGACGAACAGAUCCAGCGAAGCUUGGUGACCUUCAGCUCGGUGAUCUCUGCGUUCUCAGCGUCAGCAUGUUGGACAAGGGCCCUGGAGAUCCUCCAAGAGAUGGAGAGGAAAAGCUUGGUUUACCCGGAUCAAAUCGCUUUCAGUGCUUUAAUUGCUGCAUGUGGCAAUGCAAGCCAGUGGAAAGAGGCCGGACACAUGUCCCGGCGCUGUCGCAUGCUAUGA